UAUUAUACCAAAGACAAGUACAAAGACAGAUAUUUAAAGCUUGAAUGCUGUGCACUGAGCUUUUUGCGUUUUUUUUUCUUUUUGCGCAAGAAUGAUUGAAAGGUCAUGACACGAACACUCUUAGAGCAACUCGAACCAAACUACUGAAGCUGAUUUUCAAGGCUGCUUAGAAAAAAAAUCUCACAGAGAACAUUAAUGGAUUCCUGUUGUGUUUAAAUUCUCUACAGAUUAUACUGUAAAUAUUUUAUGAAGUAGAGUAUACGUGUGUGUGCGGGCGUGUGUGUACGUGAAUAUGUAUAUAAAGUUGUAGCCAGCUGACCUUUGAUCAGAAAGUCUAGCUCGUGUACUGCCUUCUCUGAAGACUGACCCCGAAUUUCCCUCUCUUAGAGAGCGAUUUUUGCCUACGGAAGAGGUUGAUGUAUUUUGCUUUCUCUUGGGACUAUAGAGAAGUCACCUGGAAGAAACUAAUACGCAACUGACUCUCUGGGAAGCCCAGGCUUUGCAUGUGUUGCUGACCGCGUCUUGUAUUUGACCUGCCUAUUUUUUACCACGGUGUUUGGGAGUUUGGAAGGAGAUUUCCCCUGACUUUUUGCGUCACGGCCGCAAACUAGAUGCACAGGUGUCGCGGUAAAGCCCCGCACGGACGACCCUUUCACUUGUCGGAUUAACGUGAUCUGUUCCGCCGCACCAGGAAGCCAAGAGUUAAGUCUCGGCGUGCUCGCUAUCUCAGCCGCCUUCAGCAAAAAAUUAACUUUGGGGACUGGCAUAGAAACAAGUUUCCCCCGGGUCCUCAGCCUGUAUCCGUUUAUGUUGGUCCCCAGAGAACAGAUCGCUGAAGAGUUACGCUCGUUUCGCUGUUUUGUAAAAACUCUGUGGAGGUCUUUCACUCAAAAGGCUUGUUGUGAUGCGUAUCCCCGUAGAUACCAGCACCAGCCGCCGCUUCACGCCGCCCUCCACCACGCUGAGCCCGGGGAAGAUGACCGAGCCGCUGCCGCUGCCCGGCGCCGACCACAGUAGCGCCUUGCCGGGGAAGCUGCGCAGCGCCGACCGCAGCAUGGUGGAGGUCCUGGCGGACCACCCCGGGGAGCUGGUGCGCACUGACAGCCCCAACUUCCUCUGCUCCGUGCUGCCCACCCACUGGCGCUGCAACAAGACACUGCCCAUCGCCUUCAAGGUGGUGGCCUUGGGAGAUGUGCCCGAUGGGACACUGGUAACAGUGAUGGCUGGAAAUGAUGAAAACUACUCUGCAGAGCUCAGAAAUGCCACAGCUGCCAUGAAAAACCAAGUAGCAAGGUUCAAUGACCUCCGAUUUGUGGGUAGAAGUGGAAGAGGGAAAAGCUUCACGCUGACUAUCACGGUCUUCACAAAUCCACCACAAGUAGCCACAUACCACAGAGCCAUCAAGAUAACAGUGGAUGGACCUCGCGAACCCAGAAGACAUCGUCAGAAAAUAGAUGAGCAGACAAAGCCCGGGAGCUUGUCCUUUUCAGAGCGCCUGAGUGAACUGGAGCAGUUGCGUCGUACAGCCAUGAGGGUCAGCCCACACCACCCAGCCCCCACACCCAACCCACGAGCCUCCUUGAACCACACCACUGCUUUUAACCCUCAACCUCAGAGUCAGAUUCAGGACACAAGGCAAGUACAGCCAUCUCCGCCAUGGUCCUACGACCAGUCCUACCAGUACCUGGGCUCCAUUGCAACCCCCUCUGUGCACCCUGCCACACCAAUAUCACCCGGCAGGGCUAGCGGCAUGACAUCCCUCACCGCAGAGCUUUCAAGUCGGCUGUCAAGUGCUUCUGACCUGACUGCGUUCAGUGACCCCCGAGUGGGAAUUGACCGCUCCUUCUCCACGCUACCCUCCAUCUCUGACCCUCGGAUGCACUACCCAGGAGCCUUCACCUACACGCCAACACCUGUCAGUUCAGGGAUAGGAAUUGGUAUGUCUGCCAUGUCCACAGCCACGAGAUACCACACUUACCUCCCACCUCCCUACCCUGGCUCGUCGCAGGCACAGGGCAGCCCAUUCCAGACCACCUCGCCUUCCUACCACCUCUACUACGGAACCUCUGCUGGGUCCUACCAGUUCUCCAUGAUCUCAGGGGGAGACCGGUCCCCCCCACGCAUCCACCCGCCCUGCACCAAUGCCUCCACGGGAUCAACGCUCCUCAACCCCAACCUUCCCAACCAGAGUGAUGUGGUUGAGGCAGAAGGGAGCCACAGUAACUCCCCCACUAACAUGGCAACCACAGCAAGGCUAGAGGAAGCAGUGUGGCGACCAUACUGA